AGACCAGCACAGUGAGAAGCCUUCUAUCUGUUUUAUAUCUCUGGACAGAAUGCCCUCUGAAAUCUUGAUAAAUAUACUUUCUUACUCGGAUGCGAAGACCUUGCUGCAGGUUGGAUAUGUGAACAAACACUUUUAUGAUUUGGCCAGUGACAAUCAUAUUUGGGCCCAGACCUACUCAGCUGCAUUUACAUUUAUAAGAUCACACUGGAAAGCUACUUCAGUGGAGGAAACAGCCAUGGGUGUGAACUCACUGUCAGCUAGGGAUAAAGAAGUUGGAUACUGGAAGAAAGAAUAUAUUACAAAGCAGAUUUCAUCUGUGCGAGCAGUCCUUGCCCACAUUCUCAAGCCUGUCGACUACUACAAUGGUCUUCCCAAGAGAAUCAAAGAGACCCUCAGAACAUCUGGCUUAGGUUGGGCAAUUAUCUUAAGAGAAAAAAGUGGAAAAGAACACAUCAUUCAGCAUAAUGACCUCUUAUUAAAUGAUACAUCUGUCACUGUUUUGUGGCAUGGCAAAAAUAUGCCACAUUUAGCCACAUUGUCCACCCUGGAUUUAUAUGGCGUGACACCACUUUUUUGCUCUCAGAGGAAGAGCGAGUGGGAGGGGAAGAAAACAAACAUUGUAGGUCCAUGAUGGUUGUCUUUAAUUGGAAAGUAUGAUCUGAGUAAUUUAAGCAAGUUUACUAUGAUUGGCUGUGACAGACUUGUUUGGAUAUUCUGCCUAAAUCCUGGCCUCCUGGUGGGGCUGUGGCAGAAGGAUGAUGGACUAGCUUUUGUCAUGGUAAAUCUUCAUUUCCUUCAACUUGUGGAGAGAAGCAAGUUUGGCUCAGCCACUCUUCCCUAUGAGCCGCCACCUCAGAGGACAAUGUUGGUAGAUAACAGGCCAGAGUAUGGACCGCAAAACUGCUUCCAGCUGCACAUUGACAUUCGUGGCGGUGGGAUUUUCUGCCUGUGUGGCAACUUCCAAAAUCUCUUUUCCAGCGGAGGGUGCAAUGAGAAUGGAUAUUUGAAGUUGGUAGUGAUAAAUUUAGAAGAUAAGAGAGAACACCUACCUCUUAUUGGAAAAGUUGGCUUUGCAUGGAAAACUGAUGUUUUUGGAGGCUUGAUUGAGAGUUGCUCUGUGGUGGAUGUGACCCUGCUGGAUGAGUACAGGAAACCAGUUUGGUGUUUGAGUUCCCCAGUAUGUGUGAGACCGGAUGCCUGCCCCUCUGAUGGCCCUAAUUUCCUGGGGAACACUUACUGUAUCGACUACAAGGACUCAGAAGGAGGAGUGCACGAAGAAUUAGUGUGGAGCAGAGAUACUGAAGAAUACUUCAUGGUCAACCUGGUCGUGUACCUCAGCAUAGCAAAAAUAAACCAUCGGUUUGGACAGAACACUGAGUUUUAGCAGUAGGAGCAAAGUCUUUGUUAGUAGUAAGCUGUUGGUUUUUUCACAACAUUGUUUUUAUUGAAAGUUAAAAUAAAGCAUUCAUGGCAGUCACAAAAAA